AUGCCGGUUCCGCAUCUCCGCCGUGCUUCCCAAGCCAGCAGAUCAUCUAGAUCAUCCAUGGAAGAUUCCCCGCCAAGUGGAGAGGAUGAGGUCGUUGAGCCCGAUCAGGGAAACGUACUGUCUCACAUCAUUUCUCAGUUGCGCCCAGGUGCUGAUCUGAGUCGUGUCGUCUUGCCGACAUUCAUUCUCGAGCCCCGGUCUAUGCUGGAGCGGAUCACCAACUUCAUGGCCCAUCCUGAAACACUCCUUCCUAUGUCGGCCAUUGACGAUCCCCUUGAGCGCUUUGUCUCCGUGGUGAAAUUUUAUCUGAGUGGAUGGCACAUCAAACCACCAGGAGUGAAGAAGCCGCUCAAUCCCAUCCUGGGAGAGACCUUCACUUGCUACUGGGACUAUCCCGAUGGAACCCGUGCCUAUUACAUCUCCGAACAGACCUCCCACCACCCACCCAAGUCGAGCUAUUUCUUUGCAGCACCGGAGCAUAAAAUCCGGAUUGAUGGAACGCUCAAGCCCCGCAGUAAAUUCUUGGGCAACUCUGCCGCCAGUAUGAUGGAGGGUAUCGCCAUUCUGCGACUGUUGAACCACGGAGAUAAAGAAAAGGGCGAAAGAUAUAUUCUGACCCAACCCAAUAUGUAUGCGCGCGGCAUUCUUUUCGGAAAGAUGAGGUAUGAACUUGGCGAUCACAGCUACGUGCGUUGUCCUGAGAAUCACCUCGUGGCCGAUAUCGAGUUCAAGACCAAAGGAUAUUUCUCCGGUACUUAUAACGCCAUUGGGGGAACUAUCAAGAACGAAAAGACUGGAGAGGUGCUAUAUGAACUGUCCGGAAUGUGGAAUGGGGAGAUGGACCUGAAGGAUGUUCACACCCACAAAAAAGACAUCUUGUUUGAUGCAACACACGCGAAGGCUACCCCUCCUUUGGUCCGCCCCAUGGAGGAGCAGGGAGAGCGGGAAUCGCAGCGACUAUGGCAUGACACUGUCCAAGCGAUUAUAGCCCGCGAUCAUGAAGCUGCAACGGACGCAAAGACCAAGAUCGAAGACCGCCAGCGAGAGGAGGCGGCGAAGCGCGCCGAUGAGGGACUUGAAUGGCGUCCGCGACUUUUCCGUCAUAUCCAAGGUGGUCCCGGUGGACCGGAUGAGGGCGAGGAAGACCUUGACUGGAUCAUCAAUGCUCAAAUUGACAUGAACGAUCCCCAGGUCGCUACCAAGCAGAUCCUCUCAAUCGUACCGAUCGUCCAAGGCUCCGAGACAAAUCCCGAUGCCACCCAAAGCACCGUGGAACGAACAGAUCCUCAAACAUCAGAAGCGAAGAAGUUUGUAGACGCCCAGGAAACCUCAUAA